AUGUCUGUGCUGUGGCUAUUUCUGGGCCUUCUUGCCUUUACUGGCUCAUCUGAAAGCAGCAGUUGGGGAUGCUGUGGAGACCUCCAGACCCUCUACACCCCUGGGGCGUCUUGCAGGAUUGGAAGGCGUCGAGGCCUAAAAUACUGUGUUCGUGCUUCUGAAAGGCUGGCUGAAAGAGACAUGCCAUCCCUCCUGUGAUAUCAACCCAUCAUGUGUACAGUUGGCCUAAAGUACUGCAUGGACCCUGCUGUCAUCGCUGGUGUCUUAUCCAAGUCUCGUGGUGGCAACGUCCUGGUCAAUGUGGACAGUAUGGGCGAUGGAGCCAGGGUGGUGCAGGAACCCUGGCCUUCAUGCCCCACCUCCUAGAUCAGCAAGGCCCAGGUUUCCCAGAUGACUGAGGUCCUGACUGUUAGAAUCAAAGAAAUCCAGAGGAGGUUUCCAACCUGGACCCCUGACCAGCACCUGAGAGCUUUGUGUAACCCAUGGGUUGGUCUCCCAGCAUGGAGUGGACUCUGUGACUACACCCGAAGCAGCCAGGACCUGAGUGACUUCUGCAAUGACGUCCUUGCACGAGCCAAAUACUUCAGAAGACAGGGCUUCUAA